AGUCCUCGCGAUCACGUUACUUUUAUAGCUUCCCUUUCGCCAUUAACACCAACUUCAAGCCAACUGUGUUCCCUUGCGUGCCCUCAUUUUGGUCAGCGCAUUAACCCUACCAGACCUCAGCCGGAAACUAUGCCUAUGCUCUAAGUGUGCUGAAACUGACUCAUGUUCCCAAUAACUUCAUAUUUUCAGCGAAAGACAAAGAAGGAAAACGUUAAUCCUCCGAAGAAGCGGAAACAAAUCCUCUCAGAUGAUGAUGAAAUGUCAUUGCAACCAUCUGGGUCCUCGAAGAAGGCCAAAGUCGACGCCCCUCGCCGACAGCAGCUUUCUAACAGAACUAAGUCUCUGAAUAAAGAGGGUUUCAGCGCCACAGCUUCUUCUUCUACCUCCGCCAGCCAUACAAGGACAAUUUCCCGAAGAACACCUCCUCAUCACCAUUAUGCUACUCCUCAAUCGCUCGCCAGGGCUUCCGAUACAGGUCAUACCUCUGACAGUAUUAUCGACCUCACCACUGGACCAUCUAGCAGUACCCAGCCCCAACGAGACACAAAUGCGAAUCCCUUCUUGAUUCAAACUCCCAGGCCACUCACAUCUAUGAUAGUACAGCCGGCUCCUGCAUCCAGCGUUCAUCCUCCUAAAGCCUCCAGCCCGCGACACUUCAAAGCGGCCGGGAGAUUUUACUCGGAAAUGACUUCUUCGUCGCUUCCUUCUAUUCGACAGGCCUUGGGUCGGUCGCUUGCUACUAUAACUCCGAAUACGCCCAAACGCUCCAAUCAUACUACCGAGAUUGUGCCUGCUACGCCGGAAUCGCCUUUGUUACGACUGCCUAUAGUUCCGAACGAAUCUCCUGAUCUAUCAGUUCCCAGUUCACAAAAUCAGGAAGCAGAGAUGGACUUCCUUGUAAACCGGAAACACAAGGCAUUGACACCCGAUGCUACAAAUGAACUAGAUGAUUUGUCCCAAGUCCCGACUUCGCAGAGCCAAGAAGUGGAGAUCGAUCUUUACGUUCACAGAAAAGGCGUAUCAUUGGCAGCUGAUGCUAUUACCAGCGACGAACUAUUCGAUCUUUCACAAGUACCGACUUCGCAAAGCCAGGAAGUGGAGGUCGAUCUUUCUAUGUAUAGGAAAUACAACGCAAAGGAGCACCAUAGUGCUCACCCCCCUUCAGAUGAGAUAGUUCCUUGCUCUCAGUCACAGGAUUUUGAUGGGAUAUUCCUCGAAGCUGUUUCUCCACGUCGGAAGCGUGUUUUGCGCGAGCUUGAGCAAGCCAGGCAGGUUGCAACUGCGACUGACCUUUCGUCGGGUUCCGGAUCACGUACAAGCCCAACCGGGUGCGAUGAAAGGUACAAUCGGUUGUUGGAACCAUUUUUUCUUGAAACUAACCUGGUCCCCAGUCAAUCUGUCUUCCAUUCUCCAGUUGAGGUUCAAAGUAUGACAGACGAAGCCGUUAAGAGUCCUAUGUUGAGCCACGAGAAUACCAUACCCUACGCUGCGCAGGAAGCUAUCUCCGAAUCUCCAAAUAUCGAACGCCCAGAAUCCAAUCAUGCUAUGGUUCCCAUCAAUGAUGAAGAUAUCCAAAGCCUGUUUGAAAGUGAGGGGCUACCUAUAACGGACAAUGUGAUUAAUGGACGUGAUGGGACGAAAGUAGAACUACCUUCUAUGCCACCUUCUCAAGCUGCUUCUGUGACAGAGUCUGAUUCAGGAGAUGAGCAAUGGAUGAUGCAGGGGCUAAAUACAGACGCACACCGACCAGUGCUCACAAGCGAAGUGUCUCGCGAUCCCGCGAGGCCCUUGACUCAACGCGAGGUACAGUCUUGGCAGACUGACGUCUCGGCGUAUUCCUAUCCUCGAGACGUGUUGGACUUCCUCGAUAUGUUAGAAGGAGGUCCGGAUUGAUUAUUGGCUCUAUGUAUUUUUACCUUUUUGUAUUUCGUGGAAGCUGCUUAUGGGCCCAACUUGAGGGAGAUCAAUUGUCGGAGGAGAGCUUUCCUUUGAGGAAAUUACUCUGUGCACAAGCUAUUGUUUGCAAAUAAUUACAGUCAUAUAUGGACUCCUGACUACAUUGAGAGUUGAAGAAUUUAUGCUGCACACCAUCC